CUUACCCGCCCGCACGCCGUUGCCUCUCCCUGCUCACUGGUCAACAUCGUUUUAAACCCUAAACCCUAGUGCUCUCGUUUGCAGAAGCCUCCCGGAGCCCCCGAAUCUCUCUGAUUUUUCCAGCAAAAAUAAUGGGGAAGAAGAGAAAGCACAGCGAUGCCCUGGCUCCAGAAAAGAAGGAGGAGGCGGUUGCGCCGGAGAGGCCGAAGCGAACGCUUUCCGGUUGGAAGGAGAAGAAGGAUGACGACGAAGUAAAAGCGAGUGAAUCGACGGCAGUGUUUAGGAACAAAGAAAAGGUCUUGGUUACUUGUUCUCGUCGCAUUAGUUACAGGUAUCGGCAUCUGAUGUUGAAUGUGGUGGACCUAUUGCCUCAUUGUAAGAAGGACAAUAAGGUGGAGUCUAAAUCAAGUAACGGCGCAACGCUUAACGAGCUGGUUGAGCUAAAGAGUUGCUCUUCCUGUAUGUUUUUUGAGUGCAGGAAAGGGAAAGAUCUGUAUCUGUGGAUGUCAAAGUGUCCCAAUGGGCCAUCUGUGAAGUUCUUAGUAAAUGCUGUGCACACGAUGGAGGAGUUGAAGCUUACUGGAAAUCAUCUAAAGGGGUCACGACCUAUUUUGACUUUUUCAUCCAAUUUUGAUAAAGAUGCCCACUGGAAGCUUCUGAAGGAGAUGAUCACUCAGAUAUUUGGCAUUCCCAAGGAGCACAGAAAAUCUAAACCCUAUCAUGAUCAUGUCUUUGUAUUCUCUAUCAUUGAUGACCACAUUUGGUUCCGAAACUAUCAGAUAUCGGUUCCUCAUAACGAAUCGGAUAAAAUAGCUCGGGGAGGAUUAGAUAAAAUGACCCUUGUUGAGGUUGGACCACGAUUUUGUUUGAAUCCUAUCAAGAUAUUUGGUGGCAGCUUUGGAGGUCCAACACUAUAUGAGAAUCCAUUUUACAUAUCACCCAAUCAGAUUCGAGCAUUGGAGAAAAAGAAGAAGGCUGGGACCUUUGUCAAGAAAGUCAAAGCAAAGACAAGGAGAAAAAUGCAUGAGCUUGAAAAUCCACUGGAGCCUGAUGAGUUUUCUGAGAUGUGGAAGGAAUGACAUUUUUCGUACUACUAGAAAUCAAAAUUUAAAAUUUUAAGUCAUGUUGUAUCGUUUAAUCAAGAAGGCAGAUUUUUUAUUACAACUGCCCAUGCUCUUUCAAAUUCUGCCUGAACUUGAUUACCUUAUAUGUGCAUUUUGGAUUUUUUUUAAACAAUAUUUUUGCAA